UUCUGAUUUAAAGUCUGUGGUUUGAGCCAUGGAUUUUCCUUUCUUUUUCGCGCUGCUCUUUUUACGUCUUAUUUCGUGGCGAAUUGCAACAACAGAAAUGAAACGGCGUUUCAUAAAUCGAUCAGGGCAUUUAUUCAGAGUUAUAGUUAAAGAUAUUAUUAGCUGUCUAGGCUACUGUACCGUGCUGAGUGUGUGCAACCCCGCCUCUGUUUCUGAAAAUGCCUUCCUAGGGUUGUGUUGUGUGUAAACGCCAGCCCCGCAGCCCGCCUACUCUAGGUCUACUCCCCGCCGUCCCUCUCCGCCUCCCUCCCUCUCCGCCUGCCACGGUCUCGCUUGGUCCGCUUGCAGCAUUCGCCUUCCGAGCGAGGAUAUUCCACUACAGACAUGGCUGCGAAUGUGUGUAGAUCAAUUAUUCUCUUGUCCCGUAGUAGCGGACAUGUGGUCAGCGGGCUGCCCGCACUUGUUAUCUCGUCCCAGCGGCACCAGCAGCACAUAAGAGCGGACCAGCCUGUCAGGAGAACACAUGUCCUGCGAUCAUCCUCCCGCUCUGCACUGUUCACCCAGCCUCCCACCAGCCUCUCAACCACCCUCUCAACCCAGGGUUGGAGGGGCGCCCCCUCGUGGCAUGGCCAGAGGCUGCUGUGUUCCUCCGCCACUCCAGAAGAGGUGACGGUGGUGUACCAGAAUGGACUGCCGGUGAUCUCGGUCAGUUUGCCGUCCCGGAGAGAGCGAUGCCAGUUCACUCUGAAGCCCCUCAGUGACUGUGUUGGGGUGUUCCUCACCCAACUGCAGACGGAGGACAGGGGCAUCGACCGAGUAGCCAUCUACUCUACAGAUGGGGCGAGGGUAGCCUCUUCUACAGGGAUAGACAUCCUGCUGUUGGAUGAUUUCAAUCUGGUCAUCAACAACGUGAGGCACCUGGUGCGGCCGCCACGGAGAGAUCUGCUGGCCCAGGAGGAGGCAGAGCGUCUGAAUGACGUUAAGUUCCUGGUCCAGCAGCUCUACACCACCCUGCGUAUAGAAGAACAUCAGCUGAGUAAAGAGAAGGAACUAGUGGUCAGACUGGAGGACCUCAACUCACAGCUACGUCCCCUGGAGAAGGUAAGGGAGGAGCUGAGUCGUAAGGCGGAGCGUCGUACCACCUGGGUGCUGUGGGGGGGCGUGGCCUACAUGGCAACCCAGUUUGGGAUCCUGGCGCGCCUCACCUGGUGGGAGUACUCCUGGGAUAUCAUGGAGCCUGUCACCUACUUCAUUACCUACGCUACCGCCAUGGCUAUGUACUCCUACUACGUACUCACACGCCAGGAGUACAUCUAUCCUGACGCCAGGGACAGACAGUACCUGCUGUUCUUCCACAAGGGGGUGAAGAGACAACGCUUUGACAUCCACAAGUACAACCAGCUGAAGGACUCUAUCGCUGAGGUGGAGUUAGAUCUGAAACGGCUGAGGGAUCCCCUCCAGCUCCAACUCCCUGUCCAGCAACUCACCGCCGCCAGCAAAGAUUGAUAUCCUCCCUUUCCUUAAUCCCUCCAUCCCUCCUUUCCUCACCUUCCCCUCUCUCUCUCCCCCUCUCCUCAGGUGGAGUUAUCCCUCCAUCCCUCCUUUCCUCACCUUCCCCUCUCUCUCUUCGUCCAUCCAACUUUUUCUCUCUCUGUCUCUCUUUGACAGGCCUGUCCUUUAGUGAACCUCAGUGGGAGAUCCUCCUCUGUUUGUUCUCUUGGAUGAUAAUUGCAAGUAAAACCAUAUUAAAGAGGAGUUUUGGCAACAAGAAAGAACAGACACUGAAUCCUUCUAGAGAGGUGGAUGAUGAAACUGGAAAUGCCACUCUAGGGUACGUACAGGAAGUGAGACGCUACAGUGGGAGGAGCUACAGCUGAGGCAUCGGGGGAAGACAGAUGGACACAUCUAUAAGCGUGUGUGACCUACUAUAUCUAUGGACUAGUUGGCCCACAGUGCAGCAUUUAUUGUCAUGCUGUGAAGCUGGAGCCUUCAGACUGUAAACAGACACACACCACUCCUGUAGGGCCAUGGGACGUCUAUGGAGGGACUGAAUCCACUUUUACAAGGAUGGAUCGCCUCUAGCUCCUCCCCCUGACCUCUGCCCUCUGACACUAUGCAUGCACAGAGGACACGGCUGUGAUUGGACAGCGGUUCCUGUGAGCUCCAUGUGACCUUGAACUUUGACCUUGGUUGACCCCUCUUGUCUUGUCAGAUUUGCUGUGGCCAAUCCUGCCCCCUUUUUGCCUCCAGGUCCCUCCCCCUCUGCCUGAUGGACAGCUACCCACCGAUUCCGUUGCUAUGACGACACUGGGGCUUUAUCAAGCGCCCGUCAGCCUAUCACAGCCUUUACAGAAAGUGGACAGAUGAGAGUUGAGGUCAGGUGACCAUGCCUCAUUUCCUCUUCCUGUUGUUGACUUCCUGUUGGGAUUGGAAGAGAAAAAAGGAAAAUACUACGGACACAAACAUCACUGUGUGUUUUAUCUAAUAGUCCCAACAAUAUUCUGACACUUUUUAUUUUGAAAGCCAUACUAUAUUUGUUAUGGAAAAUAAUAUACAAUCAAACAAAAUGGAAGUAGAGUGGGGGGGAGGAGCUCUCUUUUUAACAUCCAGUAAUAAGUUGAUAUACCAUAUCUGCAUCUCUUUAUUAAAUAUCUCCGACAUACAGGACCCCCAUAUCAAUAGAAUUACCCUCUCUGUCUCUCUCUCUCUCUCUCUCUCUCUCUCUCUCUCUCUCUCUCUCUCUCUCUCUGUCUCUGUCUCUCUCUCUGUCUCUCUCUCUCUCUCUCUGUCUCUCUCUCUCUCUGUCUCUCUCUCUCUCUCUCUGUCUCUCUCUCUCUCUGUCUCUCUCUCUCUCUCUCUGUCUCUCUCUCUCUGUC